AUGCAGACGUACUACAGACCUACGCCCUUGACUGUCGACACAAAUCAUGCCCAGAAGUACUUCGAGGAAGAGGACCACAGCAUCUUAGACGAAAACAUCCUCGAUAACAGCGGCCUCGAUUCCGGUCUCGAAAUGUCCCCGCCAAUGGCCAAUAGUCGCCGCGAGUCCUUCGCCGUCGGCUCUUCACUCUUCUCGCCCAAGACGGAAGACUGGCAGCCCGUUGACAUGCAAUCUGUACCCUCCAACAACCCCUUCAUUGAGCCGCAGCACGGCAACAACCCCUUCAUGCGUGUCGAGCACCCUCAGCCUUCGCCCUUUGCCCCCCAUGGCAACUCCUGGUCUCUUGGAAACGCAUCCGGCUCCUGCACACCUCUUCAGCAGUUCGACGGCAUGCCCACUGAAUAUGACAAUGCAUCCGUCUUCCACCGCUCCGUGCAGGGCCAGACGCCAUUCAGCAACCCCACCGGCCAAAUCAACAUGUUUUCUUCCAUCGGCUCAGGCAACCAGUCCAUCCCCACCUCGCCCCAGAAGGGUUGGAAUGGCCAGAACGAGUCCAUGGCCAAGAAGAUGCGCACGGGCAGCCCCGGCAUCCGCUCUCACAACGAACUGCGCAGGGGCGACGGCAUCAGGAAAAAGAAUGCUCGCUUCGACAUUCCAGCUGAGCGCAACCUCAACAAUAUUGACCAGCUCAUCGCGCAGUCGACCGACGAGCAGGAGAUCAAGGAGUUGAAACAGCAGAAACGUCUGUUGCGCAAUCGCCAAGCAGCGUAUAUGGCACCACCGCCCAAGAAGUCCGAGAUCAACUUCCCCGCCGAGGUCGAGAAGCCGUCGUCUCAGGGUGGUAUCCUCUUCAUGCUCUUCCUUGUCGGUGCGUUCGUCCUCUCAAACCGGUCCGCGCCCAGCAUCCCCCGCGUGUCCGAUGAUGUGCGGGCCGAGGCGGCCACGCUUCUUGAGAACGUUUUCAAGGACGCCGGGCUUGAUGAGUCUACCAACACGAUGCAUGCCGGCGCUCCUCAGCCUUCGGGUGCCAACUGGGUCAAUGACCCGGCCAUGGGCAUGGCCGGUUCUGGCCUCGACGGCAUGGCGCCCUCGAUGCUGGGCCAGCUCGGUGACACCCUGACCCAGCCCAACGAGGAGCAGAACAACGAGCAAAUCUUCUCGAUGUCGGCAGCUCAGUACAACGGCGUCCACUCGCAGGACUUUAUGCACAACGUCCCCGAGCGCUCCACGAGUCAGGGCCGCCGCAACCUAGCUGAAGCCCUCUCCUCGAUGCGCAACAACAACAAACAGUCAAUGGCCGAGGUAUACACCCGAUCUCUCCUCUGGGACCAGAUUCCUACGGAGGUGGUCAAGAACUUCGCGAAAAUGGUGGCUGAGUGCAACAACGCUCAGCAGAACGAACGGCAGCAAUGCAUAGACGCGAUUGCCCGAUGA